AUGACUAUCGAAACCGCAUUUGGCCAUCGGUCCGGCCCCCUCUCGAAUGCGCUUGGCCGGAUCUUUUCCACGAACGUCGUGAACACCAUCUCCGUAGGUGUCUUUUCCCUGAUCGUACUGGGUACACUCGCGCUCGCCUAUUUCAAUCCCGUCUACAACUGGGACAUUCUGGCGUAUGUCGGUAUCGCCGUGGAAGACAGGCUUGAAACGGCGGAAGAAAUUCAUGCAACCGCCUACAAGGAAGUUCAGGAUGCCGCGUCCGAUCUUCAGUUCUACAAGGUAACAGCGAGCAUUCCCUACCGCGUCGGGCAGUACGAGAAUCCGGAGCACUUCGUCUCCCUGUUUCCCAUGUAUCGCGUGAAGGUUGCCUAUACCGAGGCCAUCAAGAUACUCGGGGAUGUGGCUGGGCAUGUCCAUGCCACAACCAUCAUCUCGACCGCUUCAGCUGCGCUUGUCGGGUUCAUCAUCAUCGUCUGGAGUUUUCGUCAGGACUUCGUGCAGGGCCUGCUUGUUGUCGGACCUGUCGCCAUUCUGAUCGGAUACGUGUUUUCAGCUCGUGAAGCGACACCCGACCUCAUGAUGGCCGUCUUCAGUCUCCCGGCCAUUUACUUCGUCUGCCGCGAAAAGCCGCUCUUUGCCGCACCGUUUCUUUAUCUGAUGUUUCUCGUGCGUCCGGACGGCAUCCUCUUGUUUUUCGCUCUCCUGCUGGCUUCGCUUGCACUCGGCAAACACAGGCUGAUUUAUCUCGGUCUGUUCGUCGCCUGCGUCUUCCUGUAUUUUCCCGUCGUGGGAUCCGCAGACCAUCCCGGCUGGUGGACACACUUCUAUUUCUCGAACAUCGAAUACCAGGACGAUAUGCGCGGGUUUGCUCCGGCGUUUGACGCAACCCUUUACGUGAAGGCGCUUGUCGUCAAUCUCGCCAGAACCGUGCAGGCUUAUGACUGGUUGAUGCUUCUCGCGGUUUUCCUGUUCGGAUUCGUUCUGCUGGUACGCAGUGGCAGGGAGAUCUCCAAGGGGCAGUGGAUCGCGGUGAUUGCGCUGACACUUUGCAUCGGCGGGAAGUUCGUUACCUUCCCGCUUCCGGACGACCGGAUCUACCUGCCGUACAUGCUGCCUCUGUUGCUGGUGCUGAUGGAAAUCUGGAGGCCGGAAUUCUCAUAUCCGACUGAAAGGAUCAGGUCGGAUCAGUAG